UUCAGGGGAACUUACUGACCAAGGAACAUUUCUCUGUGACAGGUGUAGAAUGAUUCCACAGUGAUGAAGAGAACUUCUGUUAGAACAGAGUCCCUAUCUGGACGACAAGCCAAGAAAACAAACAACUACGGUCCAAGUAAAAUUCCCCAGUAUUUUCCUGGCGAAAAGAAAAAGACAAAAGCAGUGCCAGACUUUGGCAAACUCCACGAGAAGUGGCAGAAACAACUAGAAGUCGGCAAAAUUUGUAACAAGAAACCACAGACAGUGCCCACCGAGUUUAAGCUGAGCAAAAGCAGCAAGGCUGACCAGCCCCAAUAUGCCAAGAAACAGUUAUUCUCCGAUGAAGAAUUUGAGGCGGACCAUAAGUCUCUGGACGCCAUUCUGCGUGGACUGCCGGGACGUGGCAUUGCUUCAAGAAGAGCAACAACAGCCACUGGAAGAGAUGUAAAGAGGAGCCAAAGUUGUAACAGCAUAGGAAGUAGACGGGUCCUUGGAGAGUUACCAUUGGACCCAGAUCAAACUUCCAGGGCCAACAGACGAAGAAGUCGGAGCGCCAGGGCAGAGGUCCCCCUCAAGGUCCUGAAGGAGAGUGCUGAAGUGAAAUUUGAGCCAGACCCCCAGGCUUUGCGUAGUAUCAUCAGCAGUGAAGGAAUGACCCCGUCACGAGUUGCAGCUCCCAAGCGACAGACCACCACAGGGGCGGUCAUCAGACAAGAGAGACCUUCAAUCUAUGAUGCGAUGACAAGUUCCGGACAUCUGAAUUCUAAAUUUGCUGCUGUGCAGUUGGCCAGCAAGGUGUCAAAGGUCACCCAUCCAAAGAGUCGACCCCCAGGCAGUCCUGUACAGAGGGCCACACAAGCUUGUCGAGAUCCUCCCCAUAAUCACCCCCGAAAACCGAUAGAUCAGCAGCCCCAGUCACUGGCUGAUGAGUUUGAGGUUGACCCUCAGUCAAUGAGAAACAUUAUCAACAGUGAAGGACUGACCCCUGUCAGAGUUACUGCCCCUGUCAGGAAGACCCUGGGAGGACCAAUCAUAAGACAGGUAAUACAUAUAACAGUCAGAGUUACUGCCCCUGUCAGGAAGACCCUGGGAGGACCAAUCACAAGACAGGUAAUACAUAUAACAGUCAGAGUUACUGCCCCUGUCAGGAGGACCAAUCAUAAGACAGGAAAGGCCCUCAAUCUACGAUGCUAUGACGAGCUCCAGGAACCACUCGGUGUUUGGGAAU